CCCACAUUGUAACAUAAAUCGGUUCUACCGCCGACCAGCGCCAAUUGAUGCCGAUACGACACAACCACCGAUCUUCCCCAGAUUCUCACUGCGUAUAGUCGCAGCAACGGCGAUCGUCCACUCGUCAUGAGUGGGAAGAAACGACCAAAGCCAUCGGACGACUGUGGUGACGAUGCUCGCGGGCGAUCGCGAGCAGGCUCGACGGCUGCCACCUCGACGACGACGAUUGCAGGAAUCACGAAUGGACAGACCCAGAAACCCCUAUUGACGCGAGCCUGCGCCGAGUGCAAGCGACACAAGAUCAAAUGCUUUGUGCAGCCAGGCGAGACGGCCUGCACCAAGUGCGUCAAGAGCGGGAUUCACUGCGUGCCGCAUAACUUUGCGCAAAAGUUCAUUGACGACGACGCGGCGUGGAAGUCCCAGGCCACCUCGACGCUCGAGCAGCUCAAGGAGGCUGUCGAGCAUCUCCUGCAGCGCAACGACCUGCCUGAACUCGCAAAGCUAGAUGGGACCGCGGUCAUGCAGAGGAGUUUGCAGCAGCAGCAGCAGCAGCAACAUACACCCUCGGUGCAGACACUGUCGCCAUUGACCACGGAUCACACAUCGCUGGUGGAGGGCAACUUCACCUCCGAGGGACCCUCGGCGGGGGCGAGGGACAAGCAGGACGACUCUGACCUAGUGCCCUUGCCGAUGAACAACCUGUACAAUCUCACGGAUCCGAACAACUCUCGGCUCAUCCGCGUUGACCCAGCCGACGUCAACGGGCCGGACCUCAUCAGCCAGGGCGUGCUGUCGCUGGCAGAGGCCGAGUUCCUCUUCAACCACUACCGCGAUCACAUCAACCCUCUGCUGUGGGACGGGAUCCUCUGCUCGCACACCACGCUCACCGCCGCCCGGCAGUCCUCAUCACUACUGGUCACCGUGGUGCUGACGGUCGCCGCACUCCACGUACCGAACCGGGAGCAGUCGCUGCAUGCCACGUACGGGGCCUUUGUGUCCCUGAUGCGCGGCUCGUGCCUCCUGCGCUGCCACAACCUCGACAUCAUCCGCGCCCUCUGCAUCGGCUCCUUUUACCUGACCAGUCUGAGCUGGGCCCUCUGCAGCCGCGCCGUGCGCGUGGCCACCGAGAUGAACCUGCACAAAUCGUCCCUGCGGUUCGCUCGGGGCUGCCAGGAAUCAUACGAGCGCGUGCGGCUGUGGUACGUGCUCUACGUGUGCGACCACCAGUUCGCGCUCGCGUACGGCCGACCGCCCCUGAUGCACGAGGACGCGGCGAUCCGCAACGCAGAGAAGCUGCUCAGUAGCGGCCUGUCCUCCAAGGGCGACCACGGCCUGAUCGCGCAGGUCAAGCUGUUCCGCAUCCUGUCGAGCGGGUACUUUAUGUACGGCUGCGACCCGGACCUCGAGCUCGCGGACCAGGACUUUGAGAGGCUGCAGCGCUUCAAUAUCUCGGUCGACCACUGGCGGCUGGAGCACUCGCCGACCAAGGACAAGGAGGCAGAUGCGAAGGCGAGCUCCAUCCCGUCCAAGGCCAACACGCUGUACUACCACCUGGCGCGCUUCCAGCUCAACGCCGUCUCCCUGCGCAACAUCUCGGCGCGCGAGGUGGCCAAGGACGAGCCCAACUUGGACAUGAACCUGGACAGGCAGGAGGCGUCCAACAUUGCCAUCACGUCCGCCAUGAGCACGGCGCGGCUCAUAGCCGACGAUGAGGAUCUGCAAAGGGCGCUCAUCGGGCUGCCCAUCUUUACGCACGCCAUGGUGGCCGUGUGCGCCAACUUUCUGCUCAAGAUGGCUGUCGUCUUUGGUGAGGCGGACGUGGGGAGCAUCGGCGACAAGGGGGCACCGCUCUACAUCCCCCGUGACCUGUCGCAGUACGGGCUCAACUUCCACACCAAGACGGCCCUGGCGACGGUGGAGCGGCUGGUGGUGGUCCUCGAGAGGGUGGCCGACCACGCGAGCCAGCGCCAUGUCGCGCGGCAGGUUGUCACGGGUCUGCGGGAGCUUCUGCAGCGGUUCUCACCGGGACGGACGGCGGACUGUUUCAUCUACUCGCUCACGCGCGCCAAGGAGCAUGCGCACAGCAGCAGCAGCACGCACAGAUGGCGGUCCAUGAUGGCGGUGGGCUACCACUAA